AAUUUGACACGUAUGGAUCAGGACCUUGAGAAACGUGGUCUCACAGGCAAAGGGGAUUGUUUUGGUGGCAUCACUUAUUGUGGUUAUUGCUACAAAUUUGUUGCCGAGAAAAAGACUUGGAUUGAGGCUGAGAUGCAUUGCCGAGACCUGGCUCCAGGUGGCCAUCUUGCUUCCCUGCACGAGCUGGAGCAGAAUAUCGUUAUUGCAGAAAUGAUACAUAAAUCCCAAAACAGUUAUCCCAAGACUUGGAUCGGUUUGAGUGACGUCCAUAAGAAGGGGACUUUCCUAUGGAGUGAUGGAUCUGCAUCAGAUUUUAUGUUUUGGGCGAAAGGUGAACCAAAUGAUAAUCAUCAUCGGGAGUACUGUGUGCACGCUUUCUUAAGAAAUUCACUUCAUUGGAAUGAUGUGCUUUGCACUGUGAAAUACUAUUCCCUUUGCUCCUACAAACUGCUGUACUACUAA